AUGUCAUUCCUCGGUGGCGCGGAGUGCUCUACGGCUGGGAACCCGCUGACACAGUUCACAAAGCAUGUCCAAGAUGACAAGUCUUUACAACGAGAUCGCCUCGUCGGGCGAGGUCCGGGAGGCAUGCAAGAAGGCAUGCGGUCCAGAGGCAUGAUGGGUGGUCAAGACCAGAUGAUGGACGAAUUCGCUCAACAACCCGGCCAACUACCGGGCGCUACUCCGCAGCCCUUUGCGAUGGAACAACUGAGACGUGAAUUGGACCAGUUCCAGAACACGCCCCAGCGGACAGGAUCUCCUGGCUGGGCGGCGGAGUUCGAUGCCGGCGAGCAUGCACGGAUGGAGGCCGCGUUCAAUGGCUCCCAGGGACCCAUGAUGAAUGCCCCGGCGGGGUUUUCGCCGGCCGAAUUCGCCCGCUAUCAACAACAGAGUCGAACGGGCAUGCCGCAAGCGGCCCACUCGGUUGCCUCGGCCCCGUCCCCGAUGCUGGCUGGUUACCAGCGUCCUAUGGGGUACAUGGGUAUGGGAGCUAUGGGGGCUAUGGGUGGGAUGGGGAUGAUGCACAAUAGUCUCGGUCCGAUGGCCAUGCAGCAGCAACCGGCCGAGGCGGUGGCGCAGGACAAAGGCAAGGGGCGGAUGGUUGAGCUCGACGACGAGAACUGGGAGGCGCAGUUCGCCGAGAUGGAGACGGCCGACACCCAGAAACUGGACGAUGCGGCUAACGCAGCCAUGGAGGCGGAGCUGAAUGAGCUGGACAGGUCAGUGCCCACCGACAUCACGGAGAAUUUUGAUGCGUUUGAAAACGUGUGGCAAAGAGUUCAAGCUGAGGCCGCAGUCACUAGGAAAUUGGCGGAGGGCGAGACCGAUUUCAACGUCGAUGAGAACCUCCACAUGGGCGAUAUGGGAGACUGGGACGGCUUUGAGGCCCUCAACACUCGGUUCCGCAAUCCGCAGUUGGGCGAGUACCUGUUCGAGGAAGACAAUGUGUUCCAGAAUGUCAACAACCCAUUCGAGGAGGGGGUCAAGAUCAUGAAGGAAGGUGGCAAUCUGUCUCUGGCUGCCUUGGCCUUCGAGGCGGCGGUCCAAAAGGACCCGCAACACGUUCAGGCUUGGACGAUGCUGGGAACCGCGCAGGCUCAGAACGAGAAGGAACUGCCCGCCAUUCGAGCUCUGGAGCAGGCCCUGAAGAUUGACGCGGGCAAUCUGGACGCUCUCAUGGGCCUCGCCGUCUCUUACACUAAUGAAGGCUACGACUCUACCGCCUACCGCACCCUGGAGCGCUGGCUCUCCGUCAAGUACCCGCAGAUCAUCGACCCCAAGGACGUCUCGGAAGAUGCCGAUCUUGGAUUCACGGACCGCCAGCUGCUUCAUGACCGGGUCACCGACCUCUUCAUUCAGGCCGCCCAGUUGUCGCCGUCGGGUGAGCAGAUGGACCCGGAUGUGCAGGUGGGGCUGGGGGUUCUAUUCUACUGUGCUGAAGAGUACGACAAGGCGGUCGACUGCUUCUCGGCUGCGCUGGCCUCGACGGAGUCGGGCACCACCAACCAACAGGAGCAGCUUCACCUGCUGUGGAACCGCCUGGGGGCUACGCUUGCCAACUCGGGUCGGUCCGAGGAGGCGAUCGAGGCCUACGAGCAGGCGCUGAACAUCAACCCGAAUUUCGUGCGCGCUCGUUACAACCUGGGCGUUUCUUGCAUCAACAUCGGAUGCUACCCGGAAGCCGCGCAGCAUCUCUUGGGAGCAUUGUCGAUGCACCGAGUCGUGGAGCAAGAGGGCCGCGAGCGGGCGCGCGAAAUUAUCGGGGGCGAGGGUGGAAUUGCCGACGAGCAGCUCGAGCGGAUGCUCCAUGUCAGCCAGAACCAGAGCACCAACCUGUACGACACGUUGCGGCGGCUUCUAAUCACUCCAACAAUGGCUGAGGUUACCGGUGCCCAGCUCAUCGCCCGGACGCUGCGCGAUCUGGGCGUCACCGUCAUCUUUGGUAUUGUCGGUAUCCCCGUCGUGGAAAUCGCCGAGGAAGCCAUCAACCUGGGCAUUCGCUUCGUCGCCUUCCGCAAUGAGCAGGCUUGCAGCUACGCGGCCAGCGUGUAUGGCUACAUGACCGGACGACCAGGUGUCUGUCUCGUCGUGGGAGGACCGGGAGUUCUGCAUACUAUUGCCGGAAUUGGCAACGCGACAGCUAACAACUUCCCGUUGCUGGUCCUCGCCGGAUCGGCCGAGACCACCGCGAUCACCAAGGGCGCAUUCCAGGAACUGGACGCCAUCUCCUUCCUGACGCCGCACACCAAGCUUGCGGUGCGCGCCUCCUCCCUCGACUUCAUUCCCGGGGCCGUGAAAAACGCCUACCGCACCUGCUGGUAUGGUCGUCCCGGCCCGACCUUUGUCGACCUCCCCGCCGACAUCAUCCAGGGCCGCGCCGCCGCAACGGAGGUCCGUCUGCCGCAGCCGGAGACCAUGCGGGUGGCCGCGCCGCCCAAGGCCAGUGGCGACCCGGCGCUAAUCCUCAAGGCGGCGCAGCUGCUCAAGGCGGCCAAGGCGCCGUUGCUGGUCGUCGGCAAGGGUGCCGCGUACGCGCGGGCGGAAACGCAGCUCCGCCGCCUCGUCGACCGCGCUGGCCUCCCGUUCCUGCCAACCCCGAUGGGCAAGGGGGUGCUGCCGGACUCUCACAAGCACAACGUGUCCAGCGCCCGCAGCGCCGCCCUCAAGCAUGCCGACGUGGUGCUCGUGCUCGGCGCCCGCCUCAACUGGAUCCUCCACUUCGGGGAGGCGCCCAAGUGGUCGCCCUCGGCCAAGAUCAUCCAGGUGGACCUCUGCGCCGAGGAGAUCGGGCGCAACGCCGGCGCCGCCGAGCUGGGCAUCCUCGGGGACAUCGGCUUGGUGGUGGACCAGCUCGCGGCGGCGCUAUCGAACUGGCGAUACAUCCCGUCUGCACCUCUGCGAGACGGCCAGAAGCACACGUUCCUGGAGGUGCUGGACGCGUCGAUCCAGAAGAACACCAAGACUGCGACCCAGGCGGCCCACCGCCCGACCCCGCGGGACGCUCCGAUGACGUAUCAGCGGGCUUUCCAUCUCAUCAAGUCGACGCUGGACGAGCUGGCGCCCGAGACCAGCGGCGGCGUGGUGUACGUGUCCGAGGGGGCGAACACGAUGGACAUCUCCCGGUCGAUUUUCCCGGUGGACCACCCCCGCCAACGGCUGGAUGCCGGCACCUACGCCACGAUGGGGGUGGGCAUGGGGUAUAUAGUAGCGGCGCAUGAAGCGUACAACGCCAUCUCCACGGGGGAGAGGCCGAAGAAGAUCGUCGCCUUCGAGGGCGACAGCGCCUUCGGGUUUAGCGCCAUGGAGAUCGAGACCCUGGCUCGCUACCGCAUCCCCGCGCUCAUCUUCGUGGUCAACAACUCCGGCAUCUACCAUGGGGACACGCGCUCGGCGGGUGAGUGGAAGACGCUGCAGGAGCAGACGGCGCAGAACGAUACCAAGUCGGAUGAUGGAAAGCGCGGGCUGCGGUCGACGAGUCUGUUGUAUGAGACGCGGUACGAAAUGCUGGCGACCAUGUGCGGCGGGGAGGGGUGGUUUGUGCGCACGGAGGAGGAGCUGGUCGAGGCGACGCGGCGCGGGUUCGCGAGUGAGGGCCCGACGGUGGUGAAUGUGAUUGUUGAGCCGGGGAUUGGCAAGAAGAUUGGGUUUGCGUGGCAGAAUAAUCAAGGGGAGCAGGCCAAGCUGUAG